AUGGCUAUGCAAACAGCUAUCCAGAUCAAAGGCCCUGGCAAGGCCCAAGUUGUCAACGAUACUCCCAUGCCGAAACUCCGUGACGACUACAUCAUCGUUAAAACAGUAGCUGUUGCGUUGAAUCCGACCGAUUGGAAACAAAUCGAUUACCUACCCAGCCCCGGGGCGAUUGUGGGCUGCGAUUACAGUGGUGUCGUAGAGCGAGUUGGUCCUGCUGUCAAGCAUGGGCCGCACGUUGGUGACAGAGUCAUGGGAAUGGUCCACGGCAGCAACCACUCGAACCACGAGGACGGAGCGUUUGCAGAACAUGUCGCUGCUAAAGGAGAUCUUCAGAUAAAGAUUCCCGAUUUCAUGACGUUUGAAGAAGCUGCUACGUUAGGCGCUGGCAUCAUCACCGUAGGCAAGAGCCUAUAUGAGUCUUUGGAGCUGCCUCUACCGGAUGAUCCACCAAUGCGGCCCUUUCCUGUUUUGAUAUAUGGAGGCAGUACUGCAACAGGCACCCUUGCAAUUCAGUUUGCCAAGCUGUCCGGCUUGGAAGUCGUCACAACCUGUUCUCCCAGAAAUUUUCACCUUGUUCGCGACCUCGGAGCGGACCAUGUAUAUGACUACGACUCACCAAGCUGUGCCCCUUCUAUCCGAAAGAUUACCAAGAACCGACUUGCCCACGUGUUCGACACCAUAUCGACCCCCGAAACGGCAGAGAUUUGUUGCAAUGCCUUUGGCAGCCAGGGCGGCAAGUAUGCUGGUCUCAGUGGCCUACAAUGGCUUCCGCGUGAGGACGUGACCAAUCUUCAUAUUAUGGCUUACACGGCUUUCGGAGAAGCGUUUGACUUUGGAGAGGAAAAGGUGCCUGCCAGUCCCAAGGGAUAUGAUUUUGCGGUCAAGUUCAUGGGACUGGCUCAGGAGUUGCUUUGGCAGGGCAGGAUUAAGCCACAUCCGCAGAGCGUGAGGGCAGGAGGAUGGAGCGGUGUUUUGGAUGGGCUGCAAGAGAUGCGUGAGGGAAAAGUAUCUGGAGUGAAGUUGGUGUAUCCUGUUUAA